AUCUUCCUCCGCACUGGCCACGCCCCACUCAACAAGCACCUACAUCAUAUACGCAAGUCUGACAGCCCCUCCUGUCCCCAUUGCCCAGGUGUCAAUGAGACAGUACACCAUUACCUGCUAGAAUGUUUGCACUUCCGGCAUGACUGCCACACUCUGAUUGGUGCCCUAGGGCGAAGGGCCACCUCUCUCCAAUUUCUAUUGAUGGACUCAGAUGCCACCCCCCACUUGGUUAGCUUUGUCAACAGAACAAAAAGAUUCAAAACCACCCUUGGUGAAGUU